ACUGAAAACAUGAGCUUGAAGUUAUAUUACGAUUUAUUAUCACAGCCAUCUAGAGUUUUGUAUAUAUUUGUAAAAACAUGCAAUAUACCAUUUGAGAAAAAAAUAAUAAAUUUGGGAAAAAUGGAACAGCACAAUCCAGACUAUGAGAAAGUCAAUCCAUUUAAAAAAGUUCCUGCAAUUGAACACAAUGGUUUUAACAUAAUUGAAAGUGUUGCAAUUUUGAGAUACCUCUGUAGAGAAUUUAAUGUGGCUGAUCAUUGGUAUCCAAAAGAUUCAAAGGCUCAAAUAAAAGUUGAUGAAUAUCUUGAAUGGCAACACUUGAAUACCAGGCUCCACUGUGGCUCAUACUUUCAUCAGAAGUACUUAAUACCCAGAAUAACGGGUGAACCAAUAACUAAAGACAUAAUGGACUAUGAAAAUAGGAUGAUCGACUGUCUUAAUCUUUUAGAGAAUGUAUGGUUAAAAAAUAAACCUUUUCUGGCUGGUUCUGAUAUCUCUAUUGCUGAUCUUGUUGGAUCAUGUGAAGUGGAACAAGUCCGAUUAGCUGGAUAUAAUCCGCAUGAAGGAAGACCCCACUUAACUGCUUGGAUGAACAGAGUUGCGGAUAAGACAAAUCCUUAUUACCAAGAAGCUCAUGUCUUUAUAGAAAAGCUUUCAAACAUGAUAAAAGAAGACACACCAAGAAGUAAAAUAUAA